CCGUGCAGAAGACCAAAACCCUAGACUCGGAAACCGGCCGCCGCUCGCCCCUUGAGAACCCAACAACUCGCCAACCAUGUCGUCGGCGAUCCUCGCCGCCCGGCUCCUCCGCCGCGCCGCCACCGCCUCCGCCUCCUCAUCCUCUCCUCUCUCCGCCCUAGCCCGCCGCGCCCUCCACUUGGGCCGUGCCCCCGUUCCCCUCCCGCGCCGUCUCCCCGCCGCCGCCUCGUCGCCCGCCGCCGCCGCCCGCCGGUUUCUGGCGUCGCAGUCUCCGGCAUCCUCUUCCAAGGACUCCGCCGACGAGAACCUGAGGCGGGUCAUCGAGUCGGAGAUCGAGUGCGUCGUCCAGUCGGAGGAGAGCUUAGCCGACAAGCACAUUGAACUACCAGAUGACUUCCCUUUUGAGGUCAUAGACAAUCCUGGUGAUCAAUCCAUAACCCUCAAAAGAGAGUUUGCUGGUGAGACAAUUAAAGCUGCCGUAUACACCAACUUUGAUACAGAGGAAGAUUUGAAUGAGGAUGACGGGAGUGACAACGACGAGGAAUCUUUCAAGCCAGCAAUUCAAAUGGUUGUCACUGUUGAAAAAACAGAAGGGCCAAUCCUGGAAUUUGACUGCAACUUUAAUGAUGAAGAACUGGCAAUUGAAAGUUUGAGGGUGCUGAACCGUGAUAACCUUGAUGCUGAGAAUGUGUAUGAGGGACCACCAUUUUCGGAUUUGGACGAGAGUUUGCAGAAGGCCUUGCAUAGGUACCUUGAGGUGAGGGGGAUCAAGCACUCACUGCAUGACUGGCUGUACGAAUACAUGAUGAGAAAGGAUGAGAAGGAGUAUGUGGUCUGGUUGAAGAACAUGAAGGAGUUCAUUGGAAACUGAGUGCCUCUGCCCGUUUGUUUCCUUUUGUUGGGAGAACAAGUCUUGCACUCAUCACCAAAUUACUCUGAUCAUAAUUGCGCAGAUAUACCUCUCAUGGCAACUUAUACCUUGCUGGUCCAAGAUUUUUUGUUGACCUGGUUAUUUGUUACGGAAAGUAGUGCUGAUAGUGUGUCCUUGAGCUCAGCUUUGUGUAGGAGCCCUUAAUUUCUCUGAGCCAUGGUUUACUGCGUGGUCAUUUUUAUCAGGUUCUAUCAGGAUGGAUAAUUGUGCAACUCCCUAACUGCAGUGCUUGGGUAUUGCUAUGCUAAUGUCUCCCUGCAGAUGGUCCCGAAACAUUUUAGAGAGAUUUAUAAGCCAUCUUGGUGAAACACGAGUUAAAUUGUAAGUCAGUCGAAGAGUAGUUUGAGGACCUA